AUGGCUCGACGUAAGCAAUCGUCUGUCCCUGAAGGGUACACAGAAGAUCUCUCCAAAGGCAAAAUGCUUCGAUUCGAAGAAUCCCUUCCCCGUCUGCCGGUCCCCUCUCUGGAAGAAACCGGCCGUCGCUACCUGAAAUCCGUCCACCCUGUUGUCUCCGAAGCCGAGUACGAGCGCACCAAGAAGGCCGUCGAGGCUUUCAUCCGUCCUGGAGGUGAGGGCGAGCCCUUGCAGGAAAGACUGGUGGCUCGUGCUGCGGACCCCAAAUGUCGGAACUGGUUGACUGAGUGGUGGAACCACGCUGCCUACUUGGCCUACCGGGACCCCGUCAUUCCUUAUGUUUCUUACUUUUACUCGUACCGUGAUGAUCGCGCUCGUCGGGAGCCUGCUAAGCGGGCUGCAGCUAUUACUACCGCUGCGCUGGAGUUCAAGAGCCAGGUUGAUGCGGGCUCGUUGGAGCCUGAGUACAUGCGCAAGCAGCCUAUUGCUAUGAGCUCGUACGAGUACAUGUUCAACUGCUGCCGUAUUCCUGGUGACGGCAAGGAUUACCCCCAGAAGUAUGACGCUAAGGACAAUGAGCACAUUAUUGCUGUCCGCAAGAACCAGUUCUUCAAGGUCCCUCUCGUCGUGAACGGUGAGCGCCUCAACGUUUCCGAGCUGCAGAAGCAGUUUGAGCGCAUUUACGAGAUUGCACAGCGCGGUCCUGCUGUCGGUGUGCUUACCGUCGCGAACCGUGACCGCUGGACCGAUGCCCGGAAGAAGCUGCUGGCAGCCAACCCGGCCAACGAGCAGGCCCUCCGUGAGAUCGAGUCCAGUGGAUUCGUCGUCUGCCUUGACGAUGCUACCCCCGUCACCCUGGAGGAGCGGGCACGCCAGUACUGGCACGGUGAUGGUAGUAACCGCUGGUUCGACAAGCCCCUUCAGUUCAUUGUCAACGAUAACGGUACUGCUGGUUUCAUGGGCGAGCACAGCAUGAUGGACGGUAGCCCCACCCACCGUCUGAACGACCACCUCAACAGCCUCAUCUUCAACAACAAGAUCGAUCUCUCGGAGAAGUCCGUGCGCUCCAACCUUCCCGACCCCCGCCCGAUCAGCUUCGAACUCAACAACGAGGUCUUGGAGUCGAUCGAAGCAGCAUCCAAGGAGCACCGCCAGCAGAUCGGCUCGCACGAGCUGGUCGUGCAGGCCUACCAGGGCUAUGGCAAGGGUUUGAUCAAGAAGUUCAAGUGCAGCCCCGAUGCCUUCGUGCAGAUGGUCAUCCAGCUGGCCUACUUCAAGAUGUACGGCAAGAACCGUCCUACCUACGAGUCGGCUUCGACCCGCAAGUACCAGGAGGGCCGUACCGAGACUAUCCGCUCUGUCUCCGACGACAGUGUCGCCUUCUGCAAGGCCAUCCAAGACUCCAACGUGCCCCGUGAGGAAGUCAUCCGUUUGUUCCGCACCGCCCUGACCGCACACUCCAAGUACACCGCUGAAGCCGGUGAUGGCCGCGGAGUCGACCGACACCUGUUCGGUUUGAAGAAGCUUCUCAAGGAGGGCGAGAAGCUUCCCGCUAUCUACGAGGACCCAGCCUUCGCAUACAGUGGCUCAUGGUACCUGUCCACCAGCCAGUUGAGCUCAGAGUACUUCAACGGCUACGGAUGGAGUCAGGUCAUCGAUGAUGGAUUCGGAAUUGCCUAUAUGAUUAACGAGAACAGCCUUAACUUCAACAUCGUCUGCAAGCGCAUCGGCGCAAAUCGUAUGAGUUACUACUUGAACGAGGCGGCGGGUGACUUGAGAGAUCUGUUGAUGCCCGAGUUGGCUGCCCAGAGCGAGAAGGCCAAGUUGUAA